UGUCUGCCCGUGAUUGCAGGAUUAUCAAUAUUUUUUGCAAUCUAUUCAGUGAACAUUUGCUAAAUUUUCUAAUCUCUAACAAGUGGCAUGUCGGCGUUUAAUUUGUCCACUUUCCCGGAGGUGUGCCGGCUUUGUCUACAAUCAAAACAUCCGGACGAAUUGAUAUCGGUAGAUACCAGACGUCCGUUGUACAACGCAACGUUGGCCGACCUGCUGGAAGAGCUAACAUUUAAAAUACCAGAGCAAGCAGUACAAUACUUUCCCGCGGAAGUAUGUUUGAUGUGUGUAGAAGUGUUUGAAUUUUUCUGCAAGUACAAACAGAAAGUACAACAGAUUCAUCGAUUUCUACUGGCCUUUGUGGAAGUUAAGCUGGGCAAUACCGAACAACUGGUUCAGUUGUUCGAAGAAGAUGGUGAGUCGUUGGAAGUUCUAUUCAAAGACCUGGAUAUUUGCAACCGUGACCAACUGCGGGUAGAAGACAUGCUUGAGGAAUAUUCGCAGUAUAAGAUUGCCUCGCUCCCGACCGUCGAUGUGAAAGCGGAAUUUACCGGCGGUGGAGAGGAGGAAGAGGAAGAGCAAGAUGACCAUGGUUUAAACGUGGAGAUAAUAGAAAGUCACAAAAUAGAUCAAAACUUUAAAUUGGAUGAUAGAUUUCUAGAAAAAGUACAUAGUUUCCAAAGCGAUUCUAUUGCUGUAACAUUGAUAGAUAUCAAGGCAGAACCAGUGACAGCAGUGCCAAUUCUGCAAAACAAGUUACCAUCCAUUAGUGAGGAAAAAAUCAUAAGUAAUUCUGAUGAUGAGGACGGUUACUUUGAAAAUGCACCAUUGGAAGUUGUCACCGAUGAUGAACAGGUGGAAAUUAUGCUUAUGAAUGACGAUAGAAAACUUAAAAAUGAUUCGGUUACUAAAAGGCCGGCAAAAGAAACUUUUUUGGGUUGCGAUAAAUGUAGUUAUAAAACUCGCUUUCAAGAAGCUCUGAAAGCCCACCAUCGACGACACCAGCAAAACGAUCGUCUGGAGGGAAUUCACUGUCCUCAUCCGUCAUGCUUGAAAGUGUUUCCCGAUCAGCACGAGUUCGACGAGCAUCUCAAGGAAGGCGUUCACAAACAGCAUGUCUGUGACAUUUGUGGAGCAACUCUGAAGCACAAGUACUCGCUGGAGGUACAUUUGGCACGGCAUGCGGGAAAACCGCAAUUUCAGUGCCAGUACUGUUCGUUUCCAUUUUACACCAAAACGGAGAUGCGCAAUCAUAUUCUAUCGAUUCAUUCCACGGGAAAGUGCUGUGCGUGCACAAAAUGCGGGGCAGUUUUUAAGAACAACAAACUGCUCAAACAGCAUCUGGAGUCGCACGUCGAGCAGCGAAACUUCAAGUGCGAUACCUGUGAUUUUGCGUUUAAAACGGUGCACCAUUUAAGACGGCAUAUUACCACCGUGCAUCAGGAGGUUCGUUUCCACUGCGAACGCUGCGAGAUGUCGUACGGAAGGAAGGACAAAUUGAGGAUGCACAUGGAACGAAAGCAUAAUGUUCAAUCCUACUUCUACUGUGAUAUCUGUUUGCGAUCCUUCAAUAGCAACUCGGCACUGGAGGAGCAUAAAGGACAUCAUGCGGAACCCAAACCGUUGGAGUGUGGUGUGUGUCUGAUUGCAUUUGAUGAUGGGCCGUCAUUUGAGCAGCAUCUUUGUAUCAGUUACCGAGAGGACUAUGUAUGCUGUGGCAGGGAUUUUAAAUUUCACGUGCAUUACAAUCGUCACAUGCUCAAAGAACAUGGUGUGCAAUCGAAUGUGCGCGUUAAACCUAAAAGUGGGCAGCUGAUCGGACAAAUGCGUGCCAGUCGGAGGCAGCGACUGACACGUUGUCGGAAGUGUGCGCAAACGUUCCAAUCCAUAGCUGAGCGCAAAAAGCAUUCGGCUGAAUGUAAAAAUGCUGCUAAGUCAGCGAAUCCUGCUUCUACUGUGAUGUCGGUCAAAAGUGAAGGAUCGAUGCAGGUGUGUGAAAUGGGUGAGGAAGAAUACUUAGUAGAGGAUGAAAACGAAAUGCAAAUGGACUCAGAAUAUGUUAUAAGUGAAGAGAUAUAAUC